CUGCAAUUGUUUUCACGAGUCUUAUGUUAUUUAAUAUAUUGAAACAAUCAAUGCAAGUUUUCCCGGAUUUGGUGGUUGAACUUAAGGCGCUUGUGAUCUCUUUAGGGCGCGUAGGAGAGUUCAUGAAUGAAAUUGAGACUCAAAAACUUUCUAGUUCAGAUUUUACAACUGCCAAUAUUGGUUUUACUGGUGUUAAUGUGGCUUGGGAUGAUGAUAUCAUUCGAAGUCCUAAUGAUUUUGUGUUAAGAAAUAUAAAUUUAAAGUUUCCUCCUGGUGCACUAAGCAUUGUUUGUGGUCAUAAAUCUUCUGGAAAAACUCUCCUUUUACUUUCACUCCUUCGUGAAACAUCAUUAUUAUGUGGUACUAUCCAUUUUCCUACAACAAAAGUUGCAUAUGUUCCUCAACAACCGUGGUUGGAAAAUUCAACUAUACGAGAAAAUAUACUAUUUGGCACUAAUUUCGAAGACGAACGUUAUUGGAACGUUGUUGAUGCAUGUGGUUUACUUAAAGAUUUUGAGAAUAUGGAACAAGCUGAUUUCACUGAGUAUAAUGAUAAAGAUUUAGUAUUAAGCGAUGAACAAAAGACUCGUAUAGCACUUGCAAGAGCACUAUAUAGUGAUGCGCAAAUUCUGCUAUUAGAUGAUUUUUUGUCGAUUAUGGAUUCAACUACAGCACGUCAAAUAAUUGACAAUUGUAUAAAAAGCCCAUUUAUUGCUGGGCGAACCGUGAUUAUUGUAACAUAUUAUGUUCGCGACCUUUUGGAUAUUUCUGAUUAUGUAGUAAUACUCGGAGGUGGGACUGUUAUAGCUAAAGGACCUCCUGGACAACUGCUAGAUUCUGAAGCUUUAUCCAAUGAAAUGUUUAGAACAAACGUAGAUGCUAAACAUGACCAAAUAGAUACAAUUACACAGAAUUCACUUAAUCAAACCGAUGAUAAAAAAAUUUGGACAACACAUGAAG